GUGCGAGUAUUCGGUGGUAUGUGUAAAGUUGUUGAUAAUUAUAAAUUUUCAAAGAAUUCCUCCGGAGCAGGAAAAUCGUGUUUUUGAGACGAAGAAGAAAAGUUGUUCGCAGAGACGCCAUGUUGUAAGCUGGUGAUAAUCGAGCGCCAACAAAGUGACCGCGUACGACAGAAAGGAUGAUUUAUGCGAGCGCAUGGGCAUGGUGACAUUGGUGCAACAUCAUCAGCAAACAGCACCGGACGAAACUCGGUAUCAGAAGGAUCAAGAUCAAGCGAGCGCAAUUUCGAUCGAGAAUCAGGACACCGACGUCUGUCGCGUGAAAAUUGAACAUCCUUCCAAAGAUACAGCGGUCGUUGCCACCGGAAAUGGUAGCCUCGCCGGUUCCUCUACGCAGUGCAGUGACGUAGACGAAGAGGACGAUGAAGAGACGGAUACCGACGAAGAGGACUGGAUACCAGAUUUGCCGGUACCCACGGUGUUCCAGCAACAACAGGUGAUCACCUCUGACGGAAAUGUGGUGUUGCCGAACGCUGACGCCUCGAAUUUUGGUGAUGUGCGAGUGAAGAACUCGACUAAUGUGCAUCUUGGUAGCAAGACGUUUUAUAAGGGACCGGUGACGAUUAAACAGUUUGUUUAUACCAACCCGAUCUCUGUGGAGGAUAACGAUUCUGUUAAGAGCAACGAGAGGAACAGCAAUGUUAAUGGUUUUAAUUCGAAUAAGGAGAACUCGACUGGCAACGGUACCGUGUUAUCUGAGAACCGUAAUUUUGACAAAGAUUGCAGAAAUACUUUGGACUGUAGACUUAGCGAGACAAUACCAUAUUGUGAUACAGGGGAUAGCAACGUUAAGCAAUCUCUUGUAAAAAAGGUAACAAAAUGGCUGUGGACUUGGAGGUGUGCGGCACUUCUGUGUGUGCUUGCGUUAAUUCUCGUAAUCACUGUGAUUGUCGUGAGUGUAUAUUUUACAAACAGUUCCACUACUACGCGACCAGCACCUGUUUUCCCGGAAAUACCAGAUUCUUCUCUUGGAGUUACAGGUGGUAAAGUGAAAAAUGUUCGUUUCGUUGAAAGGAACGAAUGGGGUGCUCAACCACCAUCCGAACAAUUGAUAAAGAUGAAACUUCCGGUCCCAUAUGUGAUUAUUAGUCAUACGGCAACUGAAUUUUGCACGACGCAGUCAGAAUGUACAUUUCAUGUCCGAUUUGCGCAAACGUUUCAUAUUGAAUCCAGAAAAUGGUCGGAUAUCGCUUACAAUUUUCUUGUCGGCGGCGACGGGCUUGUGUAUGUUGGUCGAAGUUGGGAUUACAUGGGAGCGCACGCCUUUGGAUUCAAUAAUAUAAGCAUAGGCAUCGCUUUCAUUGGUACAUUCAACAGUGUCAUACCACCUAAGAAUCAGUUGUACGCUGCUCAAAAGGUUAUCGAAUUAGGGGUAGAACAUGGUAAAAUCGCGCCAGAUUACAAAUUAUUGGCGCACAGACAAGUUUCGAAGACUUUAAGUCCGGGUGAUGCUUUGUACAGCAUCAUUCAGACGUGGCCUCACUGGGCGUCAGUUCCGUGAACAAAAUUUCUUUCGUAAUAAUGCAAUUUUUUUAGCAUUUAUGAUCUUACGUAAGAAUUUCAGUAACCCCGCUGAUAAUAUGACUAAAAUAGUUUUUAAUUAUAUAGUAAUGAUAACUCGAAAUGUCGCGUUGAAACUAGAAUAGACACCUGCGAUGUAGAA